ACGAUGAGAGUUAUACAUAAAAACACAACUGGAUCGUAAUUUAAGUAUAUUCUUUUUCAAACAGUUUUACAAUCAUGAAGCAUUUCGUUUUUUUGACAUUCUUUUUCGUAGCAGUUUUGGCUCUUUCCAGCGUUGAAGCAGAUCUUAAGGAAGGAGACCCUUGUGUACCCGAGAGUCAACCUCCUGCAGAGCAAUGCGGACCAGGAUUAAGAUGUUGUAAAAUGCAAAAAAAGUGUGUUAAACCAGAUGAAACUAAGGCUCCUUCAAGCUAAUAUUUUAUGAAAUGUCCUUUAUAUUUGAUAAUUGGUUUGUAACGUUAGAAUAUGAUAAAUAAAUACACACAUAUAUUGUAAAGUUCUAUGUAUAAUACAUAUUUACCUUUAUUAGUGUAAAAAUGGGGGAUAUGAAAGGAGCCUCCACAUAGAUUGUGAUCACUUGUUAAUACAAUCGGGCGUCCCUGGAAACGAGUAAUGUCGGCUAAUCCUUUCAACACCGGUGCACCAACAACACAGAUGCAAUCAGAAUCAAAACGGUCUUUAUCAAGGCCAUUUUUGAUGACGACCUCAAUUAAUAUUGAAGGACUAUCAGCAGAUAAAGAAGACCUAUUGUCUAAUAUGUACAGAGAACAUGGUCUCGACGUUCUACUGGUUCAAGAAACCCAUAAAGGUACCGCAAGCCGCAGACCAAGGAUUCGGACCUGAGAUAUGUACCGCAGUCUUCGUUAGACCAGAUAUUGACGUAGCGUCCACAUCUCUAACAGAUCAAAAUGACAUCAAGAUCCUCACAGUGGAGAUGAACUCCUGCACAGUAACGUCAAUCUACAAACCACCAAACGCUGACUUUGCUUUUGAGGAACCGAGUAACUUUCAAUCACAGCAAAUCAAAUUCGUACUGGGUGACUUCAACUGUCAUAGUGUCGCGUGGGGUUAUAACGAAACAGCUUUCAAUGGCGAAGAACUAGAAAAAUGGGCUGAAAGCAUGAACCUAAAGCUUAUUCACGAUCCAAAGCAGCCUGCGUCGUUCAACAGCGGAAUAUGUUAAUGCGAUAUAUUUGUCAGCGACAGAAUUGGAGACCAGGUGACAAAAAUCCUCCCUUGUUAUACAAAUGGCUAUUCCUUGUGGAUCUUUAAUAAUAUAUUAAUAAUAUUUUUUCUAUUCUCAUACUAGAAUACCCGUAAAAAAUAA